AUUUCACCACUAGUGUCCCUUUGGGCAGCUGCAAAGAUGAUGAGGACCUGUUUGAGUUUGCUUCUCCUGCUUGCGGCAGGUCACUGCAACAAGCUUUUCAUUGGAGACCAAGUGCUCCGCAUCAGUCCAGAGUCUGAGGAGCACAUUGAACUUCUUCAGGCGCUGGAGAAUGAACAGUACUGGGAGCUUGACUUCUGGACCCAUCCCGUGUCCACCGAGCUGACCGUGGAUAUCCAUGUCCCUUAUGUAGCCCUAACACCUAUGAAGGAAUAUCUCACGGAAAACAACAUCCCCUUUUCUGUCAUGAUCAACAAUUUACAAGAACUGGUGGAUGAGGAGGCAGCAGAGAUGACCAUGAGCAAUGAAAUGGAACGCUCCUCAAAGGCUUUCGACUUUGGAACCUACCAUACGCUGGAGAGUAUCUACAGCUGGAUUGACACCCUUGUAGCCGAUUACCCAACACUGGUGUCUAAAGAACAGAUUGGAUCAUCUUAUGAGGGCCGUCCAAUGUAUGCCCUCAAGUUCAGCACAGGUGGAGAGAAGAGGCCUGCCAUCUGGAUUGAUGCUGGUAUCCACUCAAGAGAAUGGGUGUCCCAGGCCAGUGCUGUGUGGAUGGCAAAUCAGAUGGCCUCUGACUAUGGCAGUGACAGCACUGUGAAGAAGCUUCUGGACACCAUGGAUGUUUACUUGAUGAUUGUCACCAAUCCCGAUGGCUACGUUCACUCUCACACCAGUGAUCGCAUGUGGCGUAAGACUCGCUCAAAGAAUCCUGGGUCUAUGUGUCGUGGAGUUGACCCCAACAGAAACUGGGAUGCCGGUUUUGGAGGCCCUGGAGCCAGUCAGAACCCUUGCUCAGAUGCUUAUCACGGGCCCCAUGCUCAUUCCGAGAUCGAGGUGAAGAACAUUGUGGACCUGGUCAAGAGCCAUGGCAACUUCAAGGCCUUCAUCUCCAUCCAUGCUUACUCCCAGCUGCUCAUGUAUCCCUAUGGUUACACAUGCAAGCAUGUUUCCCACCAGCCAGAGUUGGAUACUGUCGGCAGAGAUGCUGUUAACGCCCUUAGCUCUCUGUAUGGGACUCGCUACAAGGUUGGGAGCAUCUGCAAUAUUAUCUACCCAGCAAGCGGCGGGAGCAUUGAUUGGUCCUACAACCUUGGCAUCAAGUACUCUUUUGCUUUCGAACUUCGUGACACUGGUCGCUACGGCUUCAUUCUCCCAGCCAACCAGAUCAUUCCAACUGCAUCUGAGACGUGGCUGGCUAUGAAGCAUCUGAUGGUCUAUACAAAUGAACACCCAUACUAAGACGGUGACGGACCAACACCCUGUCGCCAUGGAGAUUGCUUCAGGGAACAAGCAAGAUGAAUAAAGAUGAUGGAACUUAAAGUGGUCGUGAUCCCAU